CCUGACGAAGUAGACACGUAAUUACGAAUAAUGUCUGUAAAAGAUGAUUUUACGGAUUGUGAGACCAAUGUCCGACUCGAUGGGAAAGUGGCGCUGGUAACUGGAGCAACUGCUGGAACCGGGCUAGAAAUAGCGAAGAACUUAGCCAGGAGAGGCGCCAAAGUCAUCAUCGCGAGCCGAAACCCAAGUAAACUAGCAGAUGCAAGAAAUACCAUAAUUCAGGAUUCCGGAAACCAAAAUGUCAUCACCAGACAAAUGGACUUCGAAUCUCUAUCCUCAGUCAGAAACUUCGCUGAUACAACUUUAAGAACAGAACCACGACUGGAUAUCCUCAUCAACAAUAUCGGAGCUAUUGGCUUAGAUGACAGACUGACAGAAGACGGUUUACAGCUGAUGAUGCAAGUUAACUACUUCGGAUCAUUUCUCCUGACCUUCCUGCUGUUUCCUCUCUUGAGAAUAUCAGCACCAAGUCGAGUGGUCAACGUCUCCUCAUUAGCACUGAUCUUAGGAACUGUAGACCUGGAACAUUGGAACGAUAUCGGACAGUACUCCAAUUUUGGGUACUACUGUAAUGCCAAGUUAGCUGAUGUACUGUUUACGGUGGAAAUGGAGAAGAGGAUCAGAGGUAGUGGAGUGAGUGUGUACAGCAUGGACCCUGGAUUAGGAAAGUCAGAGUUCUUUAGGAAUUUUGACAAUGUGUUAAUAAAGAACGUGUUGAAUGCUGCGUUGUUGAAGUUUGGAAGACCACUACCAAGGGUUGCGACUAUGGCUGUGUUUCUGGCUGUAGACCCAAAGUUUGAAGGUGAAAGUGGAAAACAUUUUAGAGAUUGCCAUGAGUUUUACAGUUCUUGGUUUGCGAAUGAUACAGUGUUGUCUAGGAAUAUGUGGGAAGAGACCAAAAGACUUGUGAGAAUAACAGGAUAUGAAGAUUGGGAGACACGGAAUAAAUAAAGGUCAAAUGUUUUUUUUUUCUAUCAUUUUU